GGUAGCUCGCGCAGUAUCAAGUGUUAACUCCCUCCAUCUCCUUGGUGGUCUCAGAAGGCCACCGGAAGAUAAGGAACCACUAUGGACAAGGAAGAAGAAGUUCUGAUUCUUAACCAGCCCUUAUUAGAAGAACCGGCGACCAGAAACACUCCACCUGAAGAUCUACAAGGAAAGAGCCUUAGGUUAAGAGUUUGGAUAGAAACCAAGAAACUAUGGCGCAUCGUGGGGCCCGCUAUCGUGGCCCGGCUUGCCUCCUUCUCCAUGAACGUCAUUACUCAGGCCUUCGCUGGCCACCUCGGUGACAAUGAGCUCGCUGCAUUCUCCAUCGUCAACAAUGUCAUCCUCGGCUUCUCAUUUGGUCUUCUGUUGGGAAUGGCAAGCGCGCUGGAGACUUUAUGUGGCCAAUCUUUUGGGGCCAAAAGGUACUCAAUGCUUGGGAUUUAUCUCCAGAGAUCGUGGAUCGUGUUGUUCAUAUGCUGCAUUCUGAUAACACCGGUUUUUAUUUUCGCUUCCCCGAUUCUGAAACUAUUGGGGCAGACAGAUGAAGUGUCAGAGCUUUCAGGGAUUGUGUCCCUUUGGGUUUUGCCAUUGCAUUUCAGCUAUGCGUUUAUUUUCCCGUUGCAAAGGUUCCUGCAGAGCCAGCUCAAGAACUUUGUGACUUUGUGGAUGUCCUUGGUGGUUUUGGUGGUUCAUGCCCUGAUAAGCUGGAUUUUUGUCUAUGUUUUGGAUUUUGGACUUGUGGGUGCCGUUGUGGCCUUGGAUAUUUCAUGGUGGCUGUCGGUCUUCAUGAUGCUUGGGUAUGUGACUUGUGGUUGGUGUCCGCUGAGUUGGCCUGGUCUGUCUCUUGAGGCUUUUUCUGGGCUCUGGGAAUUUGUCAAACUUUCUACUGCUUCUGGCGUCAUGCUCUGCUUAGAAUUCUGGUAUUACAGAAUUUUAAUAGUGAUGACCGGAAACUUAUCGGAUGCGACUAUUGCCGUUGAUGCGUUGUCAAUUUGCAUGACUGUAAAUGGGUGGGAGUUCAUGAUUCAUUUAGCUUUCUUGGCUGGAGUCGGGGUAAGGGUAGCAAAUGAGCUGGGAGCCGGAAAUGGUCAGGCAGCAAAGUUUGCAUCCAAGGUUGCAGUGGCCGAAUCCAGCUUCAUCUCCCUAUUCUUUUGUGCACUCAUUGUUGCGUUACAUGACAAGUUCGCAUACAUCUUCACAUCAAGUGCUGAUGUCCUCCAAGCAGUUGAUCAGUUGUCUUACCUCUUGGCUGUCACCAUUUUACUUAACGGGAUUCAACCCGUUAUAUCAGGAAUAGCUAUAGGCUCAGGAUGGCAAGCAUGGGUGGCAUACAUAAAUCUUUUCUGCUAUUACAUUGUUGGGCUCCCACUUGGAAUAGUUUUGGGAUUCGUUGCCGAUUAUGAUGUUUUGGGUAUGUGGUCUGGGAUGGUCCUUGGUGGUACUUUGGUACAAACUGUAAUUUUGGCUAUCAUCACAACACGUCGUGAUUGGGAAAAUGAGGCACUGACUGCUGGCCGGCGAGUGAAGAAGUGGUCUAGACCAGAUAAUCAAGAAGAGGGACAGCAAUGACCGUAGAAGCUUAUGCAGAAGGAAAAUAACAUAUAGGAGCAUUAUAGUUUUCCUGUCAUAUUCAUCGAACUCAUUUUUGUAACAUUCUGAUUAUGAUGUUGUGUAAAAUUCGAUCCAGAACCAUUUCUCUUGAUAGAAAAGUGUAAAGGUCAUUCGUUCCAUGCAAAAUUCAUUAUCUUCAGGCUACGCUUUGGAACGAAUGACUUCAUGAAUUUGACUUCAUGAUCGCAGUGUGGUGGGAUUGAAGUGUGGUGGGACUGAAGACUUCAUAUUUGCAGUGUGGUGGGACUGAAGAUCGGAAUGGGAGCCAUAUAUAGGUGGUUUGAGGUUUGCGACAAGCCGAUAUGUUGUUGACCAGGCGACGCUUGUAGCAGCGACAUCCAUUUGGUGUGAGUGUGACCAUGGUCUUAAAGGCUUAAGGCUAGAAGAGCCACCUGACUGAACCGGUGGUAAAAUCUCUUUCGAGAUGUACAUCCAUUACCGGUCUGAUCUUGGCGGGAGAG